AUGGCCAUGAGCCUUUUGCAGGACUGGUGCAGGGGGCUGGACGUGGACGUGCACAGGGCCCUGCUGGUCACUGGCAUCCCGGAGGGCUUGGAGCAGGCGGACGUCGAAGCCGUCCUGCAGCCGACCUUCCUGACCCUGGGCACGUUCAGGCUGCGGAACAUGAGUGCGGUGAGAAACGAGAAGGCCAAGGCCGCCCUGGUGGAGUUCCUGGAGGACAUUAAUCAUGCUGCCAUUCCCAGGGAGAUCCCGGGCAAGAACGCGGUCUGCAGGGUUCUGUUUAAGGACCACGCCCAGGACACGAGAGUGCUGAGGCAGCUGAAAGGCCUGCUGCGGGAUGAGAGGCCCACGCAGGCCGCGCCGGCCCGGGUCCCCGGGGACACGCCCACCCACCCCGUUUCAGAGCUGCAGGCCCGGGGGUCAGGGCAGGAGGCCGGGAAGGCUGUCCCCUCCAGUGGGGCGGCCAGGAAUGCUAGGAGGGGCCGUCGGGGUCGCAGAACCAGAACCAGAGCCAACAGGUUGACCCAGAAGGGCAAGAAGAGGGCCCGACGAGGGUGGCGGCCCAGCCCCGCUAGGAGCGGGUCCUAGGACUCUUCUGGCGGGAGCCUGGGCAUCGUGGUAGAGGGGAUCGGCGGGGGCCUGAGCGGAGACGAGGACCAGAGCGCGCUGCACGCAACGCUCCAGGUCGCCGCCAGGGCGCUCGCUAGGAAGUGGGCCCUCGGGAGUGGCGCGGAUGAAGCAGAGGGGCCCCGCGAGUUCUUGGCCCUUGUCACCGUGACCGACAAAGCCAAGAAGGAGGAGACUCCUGGCGCUGAGUCUGUCCACGUGAACACCGAGGAAGAGGCAGUGGUGAGAAACUCCGACGAGGAGCUCGGGGGCAGUGACGCUUCGGAGACAGAGUCGCAGGAAAAUGGGGACCAAGAAAGAGAGGGGGCGGACAGCCCUGAGUUUGUGGCCAUCGUGGCUUCUACAGACCCUUCAGACCCCUCGGCCCAGCAGGAGAUGCUGAAAAUCGCUGCUGUGAUCCAGUCGCUGGGCUGGAGCGACAAGAAAGACAAAAAGGAUGCCCUUGGCGAAGUCUUGUCCGUCAGGGCCAAGGACGCUUCGGGAAGGCGGGUGAAGGUGGGGGAGGCAGGCCGGGAGGUGGACGCCAUGGUCCUGAGGAAGGCCAGAGACGGCGGGAACCUUCUGGAAUGCAUUUCUACCUCGGCCGGGCCAGAGACGCCGUCCAAGGGGAAGCAGGCGCAGCUUGGCCUCCUCCGGGGCUGGGGCGGGGACGACGAAGGUGAGGGGGCCCUGGAGCUAGUGGCGCUCCUGGCUGCCCAGGACAUGGCUCAGGAGACGAAGGAGGAAAAAGAAAAUGCCUGGGAGGGCGGGCGGUACACGUGCGCCAAGGCAGGCUGCGGAGGGUGCGAACGGGGGUCCGAGGACGCCGAGAGCGACGAGUCGGAGCCCGAAGACAGGGCGUCCACGAAGCCCCGGGCCAAGAGGGCGCGCACGGCCCCCAAGGGCCUGGCCCAGGCGGGCGCGUCCCCUGCAGCUGCGGCCGCCCCGUUGGGGACGCGCAAACCCCGCGGGGGCGGCCGAGGCCGGGGCCGGGGCGUCACUCCGGAGAAGAAAGGCGGCGGCCGGGCCUCGGCCAAGGACGAGGCCUCGGGAAACAAGAAGAAGAAGAAGGGGCCCGCGGCCUCCGGGGCCCCACCCGCCGGCUCCAAGUCCGCCCGCGGGAAGAAGGCUCGUCGAGGCCGGCGGCUGCCCCGCAAGUGCCGCUAG